CUCCAAUUUGAGCACGGGCCCGCACGAGGAACUUAUGGCGCCGUACUGUAUUGUGUGGUAAAUGGGUUUUCUGCAUGGGUGGUUAAUGGUGGCGACCGUAGCAGGGCUUAGAAACGGGGAAACGCAAUUGACACGUUGAUUACAGCAAUCUCAUAUUGCAGGUUAUUCCAGGAUCCAUCACUGCUCACAUCCCCGUUCCAUCAUCAUGAGCUGUCGCCGUGCUUCGUUGCACAUUGCAGUCAUCAAUUGCGAUACGCCCGUGCCACAUGUUCUCGCUGCUCGUGGACUCUGCAGCGAUAUAUUCGCAUCCCUCCUACGAAGAGCAACGGAAUUCUACGCAGAUUGGAAGACCACAGAACUGGUAUUCACUGCUUAUGAUGCAGUCAAGGGAGAACUGCCUUUGCAACAGGACUUGGAGAAACUAGAUGGUCUCUUCCUAAGUGGUUCAACUGCAUCAGCCUACGACCCAACACCUUGGGUAGUGAAGCUUGCCAGCUUCUUAACCAACACCUACCAUAACAAUCCUUCCGUCCGUCUCGUCGGCUCUUGUUUCGGCCAUCAAAUUAUCUGCCACGCAAUAUUUUCACCAUACUCCUCUUCCGUCGGCUCGUCUAUAACACUUCCAUCCCCAUCUUCAACUAUCUCCCUGGCCUCUUCACUAUCACCCCUUCCAUCCGUCGUGUCUCAGGAUCCGAAAGGUUGGAAACUUGGCCUCCACGAUAUUUCCCUCUCACCACAGUUCCUAUCCCACUUCGGCCCCGUCCCCUCUAACCCAGCCUCUCCCAGCCAGAUGCGUCUACGGUUCACACACGCUGACCAUGUCAUCUUGCCGUCGUUGCCCUCGGACUUCCUCAGUGUAGGGCGGAGCGAGCAUUGUGCUCUUCAAGGCCUGUAUAAGACUGGAAGGGUAUUGACAUUUCAGGGACAUCCAGAGUAUGACGAAUGGACAAAUAUAGAGAUGAUUACGAGCUAUGGGGCGACGAUAUGGACCGAGGAGGUUCUGCAAGAGGCGUUGGAGAAGUUGAAGAAGGGAGAGGAUGAUAGUCUUUAUGCGGCAAGAGUUAUGCUCGAUUUCUUAGUCGAGGAAGCUGCAGAGCAGGUCGACGCUGCGGGCAAGAUUGAGAUGCUACUCGAUGAGAAGUUACCUAUGGCAGUGGCGCACAGCCACAAGUGUCUGGGAAUGGACCCCGCGAAGAAUUAGUAACUAAAAACCUGGCGACAGCGAAUUUGCCUUCUACUGUAAUACUUUCGAGUAACUGUUAGUAGGAUUAGACAUUGGCGUUGACCGAGUGUUGCUCGCUGACUUGCCAAGGCAAUGAUUUAUCAAGCACCUUUAAAGGCGGGUAGGCUCGUCUACGAGCUCUUCAAUGUCAACCCGUG